AUGACGAAAGCAAUGGGCGGAGACUACAGAGGCUUUGAGGACAAGAAGAGAGCGCGCAUCAUCAGCACCAACUACUUCUUGGAGGAGGAGGAGGAGGAGGAGGAGGAGGAGGAAGAUGUGCUGCUGGCCCGCCACGCCACUCGUGCUCGCGCACGCCGCCGCGCGCGCGCCUCCCUGCGGCGCGGCCCAGGUGCUCGCGGCCCGUCUGCGGCUCAUCGGGGACCACCUGGACGAAGGCUGGGGCGCGCCGCCGGGCAGCGGCCGCUACUGGGGCCACCUGUGGAGGCGCGUGCACGCGCUGCUGCUGCUGCUGCUCGCGAGACGACGACGCCUGUAGGCCCGUCAGACGUCUUCAGAGCGAGUCCGAGGGGACGUAAGAGAGACGUCUGCUGUGACGAGUGGAACGUUGGAGUCCACCUGAAGGGAUGCUCGGCCAUGAUGACAUCAUCGGUGAUGUCAUCGCCCCCCCCCCCCCCCCCCCCCCCCCCCCGCUUGGCCAGGGAAGCUGGCUAUUGGGACGCCUCCUGUGAACUCUUAACCAGACAUCUUUCUUUGACUUAUCCUGGGAGGACAAGAUGGCGUCUGAAUGUGGCGAGGGACACAGAACGUCCCUUUUUCACAUGGAAAUGA